AUGAGACAUUCCGCAAUCGCUGCGACAGUAUCGCGAGGAUAUGUCGGGCCAUCAAAGAAAGUCGGUGGAUGGGGCCUGGUCACCGAACAGAACGAGGUUCUGGAUACUAUCAUGCACGCUCACCGUCUCAUGUGUGAGGUCUACUCUCAUCCCUACAACGCAGCGGAAGUGGCCGAACACCUUAAAGCCACCCAUUCCACGCCGAGUUCUCUGGAGGUCGCAGAAGAGAUCCGUGAAUUUAUAGAGUCGGAUCGUUUUUUCACCUUCACGACUCUGGAUCUGCAGUUAUGUCCCAAAAUCACCGAGAUCCUUUCCGACGCAUUUCGUUCACUCAACGAGGAACUCGAUUAUGGGUUAGAGGAGCGAGAUUUUGAUGCUCUUAUCAACCCUUCAUCUGAUAUCAAUGCAGUUCCCAAGACUUGCUCAUCUGCGGAACUCAAACGACGCUACACUCUCUGUGAUCCGGUCUUGGUACAACACGUUUAUCAGGCUAUCGUGGAGGCUACCCAACACGUUAACACCAUCCCGAAUGCUUCCGAUGUUAAUCGACUUGGUGCCUCCGCUGCCCUCAUUCUGACUAAGGUGCGUGCAAGGGGCGUCGGACGCCGUUAUGCCGGCCUCUCCAUGGCUGCUCUGAAAAGGAUCCUUGAGAGUCUUAUCCAGGACAGCCUAAUCUACCAAAUCACAGGAGAUUCCUACCGAUUGGUUUGA